AAACAUGGCAAAGCUAAACUCAAUUUUAUUGUAUUGCUCUAUUGCUAUUGUCAUAUUAUCAUCAAUUCCAUUAGCUCAUUGCAAUAUUGCACAAGGUCCUAAAGCUGUUGAAAAUUGGUUCCAAAAACUUUCACAUGCAAAACCAAAAAUAACCAAACUUCAUUUCUAUUUUCACGAUAUAGUUGGUGGUAAAAACCCAACGUCAAUACCAAUUGCUCAGGCUAAUUCUACGUCUCAUUCGCCUACGGCGUUUGGCACGCUAGCGAUAUUAGACGAUCGAUUGACAACGGGACCAGAAAUUAAUUCAACGACUAUUGGUCGAGCUCAAGGAAUUGUUGGUGCAGCUUCUCUUGAGGAAUUUAGUUUGUUGAUGAGUUUGAAUUUUGUGUUUACUCAUGGGAAAUAUAAUGGUAGUACACUUAGUCUACUUGGACGUAACACUGUUUUGAAUGAAUAUCGAGAGAUGCCAAUUGUUGGUGGUUCUGGUGUUUUCAGGCUAGCUCGUGGUGUUGCAACCGCAAAAACACAUACUUUAAGUAAGAAUGGCGAUGCUAUUGUUGAGUAUAAUGUUGUAGUUUUGCAUUAUUGAGUUAA